AUGGACACUGUUCCUGACAGGAACGUUCGCAACGCUCCUUAUUUUCCACAACCACAUGUCAUACGUCGUCCUCCAGCAGAUGCCACGUGUCAACCAGCUCGAAGCCCAUCACCUCGGUUACCUGCUGCACAGCUUACCCCACCCAGUGCCCAGUUCACGCUCGAUAGUAAAUCGACUAACCCCUCUCAUUCCCCUGACAUUAAAUCAUCUGAGCAAUUGCUGCAGCAAAUCCUCAACACUCUUCAGAAUUCCAACAUCGUGGAAAAGGAAGCAAACGAUGAGAGAUCGCGGUUCUGGACCGUAUACCAAAAGGUUGCGGCACAACACGACAACGAGUUUUUGGAGCACUAUGAUGGUGAUAUGGAUAUUGUCUUGAUUUUCUCUGGCCUAUUUUCCGCAGUGAAUACGGCAUUCAUCACCACCAUGGGGCCCAGCGACGCUACUACUACAGAUGCCUUAUUGACGCAAAUCAUCACGCUCAUGGUAAUGAACAGCCAGGGAGCCCCUAUCACAGAUAACUAUCCGCUUCCCGUCCCACCUGCAUAUUCCAGCGGGCAAAUAUGCCUCCUUGCUGCCUUCGGCGCCGUUUUGGGCAAGCAGUGGCUCCGCUUUUAUAAGCUGAAGCGAUUUGGGGGUGGAUCCCUCGAGGAGCGGGGCAAGAGUAGACAGCGAAAGCUCGACGGCCUCGAGACGUGGCAUUUUGAUGCCGUGCUGCAAACGUUCCCCGUACUUUUGGAAAUCUCAUUAUUGCUGUUCGGCAUUUCUCUGUCCUCCUACGUGUGGACGCAACAACGGACCAUCACUUCUAUCAUCAUUGCGACUACGGUGUUCGGCUUCCUGUUCCACUCGUGCACCCUCUUUGCAUCCCUUUUAUCUCCAUUAUGUCCCUUCCAAACGCCAGCUACGUUAAUCCUUCGCAUGGCUGGUGCAUUCAUGUGGGCAGGAAGCAUAUUUAUCAAAAACAACGACAGAGACUUUCACACACUUGGCACGAGCUUUCGCUCUUUCCUCCGCGGCAUCACAGUGUCUAUCUCUAGGCUAAUACAGCGACUGCUUAAUCCCAAGACUUCCAGUGACACUGGAACGGAAUCUGCCGUACAGUGGGUACUUGCGACAUCCACAGAUCCAGAUAACAUCGCAACUGCAGCCUCACUCAUACCCACCAUUACAUGGUCACCGAACUCAGACAUCCUGUCUUACUGUCAGCGACUUCAAGACACAUUUGUGCGCUGUUUCGAUGCUGAUGGCAAUCUGCGGCCCUCAGCGGAAGAUAGAGCAAUCGCAUGUGGGCGAGCUUUAAACUAUUUGUGUCUGACUGUUCCUCCGAUUGGAGAUGAUUCCAAUACUCGAACUGCUUCCCCGCAGUUGAGAAUUUGGCACCAGUGGCGCAGCAUCAUCCUUCCACAAAGCUUUGACCGGUGCAAGACCCUUGCCUGCCAACUGUCAACAUCAUCUGCCCAGGAUAGGCAGAGAUGUCAGGCAGAUGUACGCACCGCAUUGCGCAUGAUGAUUGCUACUGCUGGGGACGGAUUCAUCCAUCCAGACCACGACUCAAUCAUUUGGCGUGGCUGCUUCACGUGGAGCGGCGACCGCCGUACAGCAGCUGAUUUCGAUUGGCUGGUCGACUACCUCGUGUCUCGCCCUCAGGAUCACACCGCGAUAGGAGAUGCUUUAUUAGCGCUGAGCGCUAUGAAGGGACUUGGGACCCAUGAUCGAGCAUCCGCUUACCUACAAGCACUCAUAUCUUCCAUGAAAUCAUACAACCCUCAUCGUCUUCGUUAUGCGGCUUUACGAGCUGUUUCGGAGUCUCGAAUGAAACUCGCCAACAUUGAUGCCAUAGAGGACAAGAAGAUACGCGAUUUACUCCUUACGGAAUUGUCCCCUGCUCUUCUGACGGCCAUCAGUCCAGACACAACUCGUGCUGCUGGACGUCGCGGAGGAGAUGAACCCGAGGUCAACUUCAACUAUUGGCGAGACGACACUUACCUACGGCUCAUCAUGGUUCUUGCUUCCAACAUCGAAUGGUGCAAAUGUCUAGUCGCUGAUCAACAUAUCGGAUACUGCAUAUCCAUUCUAAAUCAUCUCGAUGAGCACUCGCCCGCGCCCUUCCAUCUCGCUGCAAUAUUCGGGCGAAUUUAUGCUUCGAGUUCGGACACGGCUCCGGCAGCGUUUGAGGCAGUUGCGGACGAAGACUUCCUGUCCCUUGCCAAGUCAGCUUGGCAGACCGCAUUGGACUUGAAGCUCUAUGAUGAAGCCGAAUGCAUCAGUGCUUUCCCGGCUGUUGUCCGUUGCACGGGACAGAAGGAUAUUCCAGCAACUGACCUUAAGGACAUUCACAGGAAUGUCGGUCUAGUGAUGGAUAAGCUGAAGAGGCGAAACAAGUGUCCCGAAAUCACGUCUAUUAUCCGAAAAUAUUAUACUACAUUAACCAAUUUGAUCAAGACAUAG